CUCCUGCUAGAGUUCUAAACCCUUAUCCUUCUCAUCAUCGUCCUUUUUCUUCAGGUCAAAUGGCAGACCCGAAACCCGAACCUUCCUCUUCAAUGCCCGACCCAUCACUUUGUUCCAAACCCACCUCGCACCACCUCACCAUCCCUACCGGGUUAACCCACGAAGAGUUCUCCGAGUUGAUCCCUUCCAUCACUCAGUUCCACACCUACACAGUUAGCCCGGGUCAGUGUUCUUCCUUGCUAACCCAACGUAUCAACACCCCUCGCGACGUUGUCUGGUCCGUCGUCCAACGCUUCGACAAACCCCAGACAUACAAACACUUCAUCAAGAGCUGUUCGGUCAAAGAAGGUUUCCAAAUGGCCGUGGGUUGCACGCGUGACGUCACCGUGAUCUCCGGGUUGCCGGCUUCCACGAGCACGGAGAGACUCGAUGUUUUAGAUGACGAGAGACAAGUCACCGGGUUCAGCGUUCUCGGGGGCGAGCAUCGGUUGCGUAAUUACCGGUCGGUGACGACGGUGCAUGGUUUCGAGAGCGAAGGAAGGAUCUGGACCAUCGUUUUGGAAUCAUACGUCGUUGAUAUCCCGGAAGGAAAUUCCGAAGAAGACACACGGCUGUUUGCUGAUACAGUCGUCAAGCUAAACUUGCAGCAGCUGGCCUCUGUCACCGAAGCUUUAGCGCGUGAUGCUGCCGACAGUAAUAACAAACCACAGGUGAUGUGAAAAAAUGGAGAAAAAACAAAAGAAAAUGGACAACUAGGGUUAGGAGUGACACUAAGAAUACUUUAAAAAUAAAAGAAGAUAUGAAAUUUUUUAAUUUUAAUGUAUUUCUCCUAUUGCAUUUGUACAUGGAUGUUUGAUCAUUUGAACCAUUAUUAAACUGCAUUUUG